CCGUCGACCCGGAAGGUUCUGUUGCUCUUGUCCCGGCUCUCCUGGCCAGCCUCUCACGGUGCCUGGCGGAGGUGCUGGAACGCUCCUAAAACUGUGCUUUUAAGAAUUCUGCGACAAUGCUUGAUGAUGCAUUCCUUGGACGAGAGACUCUCCUUCCAUCGCGAAAAGAAGAGUGACUAUGCGUUCCCGUUCAAACGAGAGUUUUAGAGUGAAACUUGAUAUGGGGACGUAAAUGAACUCGAUUUGGUUAACUGAUACCAGGCCGUAGAAACCAUUAAUGACCGUCGUGCAAUGUUUGUCGGCCGCGUGCCCACUUCUGCUGCGUUCGUGUUUCUGCAACAACGGACGCUCUUAUGAACGACACGGCUAUAUAGCUCCUUAGCUUUAGUUUUAGCUCAUAGUCGUAGUGUGAUCGAACCUGGUGGAGAUAUUCGUGAUCUGGAAGUUUGCUUAUGAAAAUUCAAAAAGGACGAUCAGACGCCAGAUAACAGCAGUCCAGCACGAACAAGAAACGUGACAGCGCUCUCUAAUGGCCUCGUUCUAGGACAGCAACGGUGACUCCACAAGCCAAGGAUGAGGUGGCGGCGCCCUUUGAAGCGGCUGCUGCUGCUCCUCAUGUUCGUGUGCAUGACCAUCAAGCUGCACCUCGAACUGCGUAUGCUGGACUCGUCGGGGGAGAGGACGCUGUUCCCCUGGCGCGCCAACGACACCGUCAGGAACACAGCCAACCUGUUUGGGUAUCCCCAGCGGGAGGAGGAGGGCGUGGCGCUAGCGGGAGGACAAGCAGAGGCGCCUCCAGGCAUGCGUGACGGUCGCAAAGGGAUGAAUCUUCAGGAAUACUUCGCUCACAUCAAGACAUCGCUGGCGGGCGGCGUGAGGGCGAAGGGUCCAGUUCUGGCGAACAGUACAAACAAGGUCAAACCAGCGGAUAAUGUUAAGGGCAAUUCAUCUGUGAUAAACCCAAGCCAAAAAGGCGACGGAGGGAGCGCGCCUUCUCAAGCCAAGGCGAACGUCCCGCCGAAGAGCCUGCCUUCAGGCAGAAAGCCCCAGGCGUCGGCACAGGGCUCUAAGUACAGCAACAGGAAGCUCACCAACGAUAACUCCGAGGCCGUCAAACCCGCGAUUAAAGUGCCAGUCAAACCUGCGAGGGCCAAUCCGAGAGGCACUGUAAACAAAAGGGUGUCGACGCAGUCCAAGAAAGGCGUUUCCCACGACGUGGACGCCAAGGAGGUGUCCCUCACGCAGCAGGACAUAGUCAGGAUAAAGAUGGAAUUGGAGCUCGAAAACAAACUGCAGACAGUAUACAACGAGCAACAGUUCGGCCCGGUGCUCGCCAAUACCUCCAUCUUGUUGGUCCAGGUGCACAAUCGGCUGGAGAACCUCCGCUACCUGGUGGAGGGGAUGACGAAGGUGCGGGGCAUCGAGCAGGCCCUGGUGAUCUUCAGCCAUGACUUCUGGGACCCCGACAUCAACGCCUUCGUCACCAACAUCACCAAGUUCCGCGUCAUGCAGAUCUUCUUCCCUUAUUCCAUCCAACUUCACCCGCUCACCUUCCCCGGACGAGACCCGAGGGACUGCUCGUGGAACAUCAACAGGAAAGGGCCACUGAAAUGCCUGAACCGUGCCUGGCCAGAUUCCUAUGGCCAUUACAGAGAGGCUUCGUUUACGCAAAUCAAACACCACUGGUGGUGGAAAAUACACAGGGUCUUCGAAGGUCUCCACGUGACGAGGAACUACACAGGUCACGUGGUGUUCCUGGAGGAGGACCACUACGUGUCCCCCGACCUCCUGCACGUCCUCAACAUCCUGCGGCGCCAGAGGAACGCCCUUUGCCCGACCUGUCAAGUCCUGGCUCUGGGCAACUACAAUAAAAUGUCCACCGCUGUCUACAGGAACUAUAUCGAGCGAGGCGACUGGUGGGUCACCAAGCACAAUUUAGGAUUCGCCCUGGACAGAAAAGCGUGGAAGACCAUUUCCACUUGCAAGGAACAGUUUUGCAACUUUGACGACUACAACUGGGACUGGACGCUCAACAACCUCGAACACACGUGCUUUAAGCCCAAAAUGUCCAUGCUCUCGGUUAGGUUCUCGAGGGUAGUCCACGUCGGAAGCUGCGGCACCCACGUCAAGAAGAACAGCUGCGACGUCCGAAGGGAGGUCCAGGCAGCCGUGAGUCGCUUCAACGGGGGCAAGCAGUGGCUGUUCCCCUCCAACCUCGUCCUCCAGGCCAACUACAGGGGCGCCGCCAGGUCCAAGAAGGGCAACGGCGGCUGGGGGGACCUCAGGGACAAGCAGCUGUGUCAGGCCAUCGGCAACGGCACCGCGUCGGAGGAAACGCUCCUGCGGCUGCAGUUCCCCGACAGGGAGUGAAGGACGCCGCCCUUCGACGCCCCGGCCUGCGUCCCCGCCUCGCUCGGGAUGCAGGGAGGAAAACCUGCCUUGUGAGUGGUUCCGAGGUGAGAGGGAGAGGGAAUCGGCUAACGAAUAACGGAUCGUUUAAUAUGAAACCCACACACACACACACACACAUAUGAUAUGUAUAUAUACACUCACAAAUAAGUAUGGUUUUCUGCAAGGUAUGUUUGAGUACAAGCCAAUACGUACAAACUCAUUACGCAUUUUUACAUAACAAAUACCACUAUAAGGUUUUGAUU